AACCAUCGUUCGGGGCAAUGAAUUUUCUUCACUUUCAAUUCGAAACUCGACCAGGUCGGAAGUAGUCCAAAAAAAAUUAUUAAAAGUGAAGAAAAAUCUCAAAAAUUUCAUCAAGUUUUGAAACAGUAAGAGUUUUGGCGAAACUAUUUCCGGAAAAAACGUGAAAAAUUUGGGAGUUUCCUGACUGAUCAACUUUAUUGAAGCGGAAGGAAGAAAGAUUUUCCAUUCGUCAAGGACUUUUGGGAGUUGAAGGCCGUCCGUUCCUUUGGAUUUUGCGGACCCAGAUUAAAUCGAUAUUCAGAACAUUCCGGAACGUUUGUGCUAGUCGGAAGAAACCGGAAGACCGCAGAACAAAAUGUGUGAUCCGUGCUGUGCCCCCUGCGAUCCCUGCUAUCCGUGCUAUCCUUGCUCACCCCGUUCCGCUUCCUACCUUUGCUGGUGGAAACGCCCCCUGAUCGUAUUCGAUAGCACUGACACGGUGCACUAUAGCUGGAAUCUACGUCGCAAGGAACCCAAUAUUCCGGAUAUCCGUUACGAAGAAAUGUACUGUCGCGGAAAGCGCUUGUAUACUUCAAAGCUUUUCAUCAUCCACCAAGUGCACAACUUCCUUAUCCGAUUCCCAAAGGGUCCCUGUCCUCCGCCAUGCGUACCCGGAAGCCUCUGCGAUCCCUGCGUUCCGAAAACCUACACGGCCCAUGACCUGAACUGUAUGCCCCAAUGCCGAUCGGUUUGUCCCCCGGUCAUCUGCGGUCCCCGAUACAUCACAGUCCAGCAACCGCCAAGAGUCGUAGCCCAGCGGAAGAUCAUGAACUGUUGCCGCACCGUAGUGGAUAAGCACGUAGUCCCGCGGAACAAAACCAUCGUGGAGCCCAAAAUCAUCUACCAGCCUAGGACUUACGUGGAACCCUGCAUCAUCUACCGGAAGCGGGUGGUUCCAGAUCCCAAGAUCUUGUACUACAAACGCAUUGUCCCGGAUCCCAAGAUCGUCUGUACCCCCAGGACCAUUGUCGAACCCAAGGAAAUUUGCACUACGAUGGUUUGCCAACCGAAACCGCAGAUCGUCCAGAUUCCUCCGCCAACAAACUACUGCUGCGUGCCUACUUGUACCGAGUUCACUAAACCUCCUAAAUGCUCCCCGUGUGAUCCAACUUGCGGAACACUCAAACGAUGCUAGGUGCAAUAACGGCUGAGGAACUCCGAAAGAGCAGAGGUACCGGCCCGAACCUGCAAAAGCCGUGAACUCCGGGGAGGAAUUCUCAUUGCCAACUGCGAGUGCCUGAAGCGAAAUGGUCUUCAGCAUGAUUGUCCCCGCACAGAAUGUCAAGGUAAACCAUGCUGCCUGACCAAACCGGAAGCCACUUGUUGUCCGAGUACCUGGGCCCGCCGAUUCCGGAACGUCACCAUGGGCAACAAAAGCAAUCCGGUGUGUCCCAAAAACUGCCGCGUUUCGACGGUGGGCAGCGGUUGUAAUCCAUGUGGCGUUGAUUGCUGUACCCCGCCGCCUUGUGGACCUUGUGGCCCGUGCGGACCUUGUGGACCUUGCCCACCUUGUGGACCCUGCCCUCCGUGUGGUCCUUGCGGUCCCUGUGGCCCGGUUUGUGACCCAAGCUGCCCUACCGUCGGGGACCCGUGUGGCUGUAUUCCUCAGGGUGACUGUGGACCAGUUGGACUUCCUACGCCGAACUGUAUGCCUUGCUAUAAUCCUUGCACUCCGAGUGUUCCUCCCCCUUGCGGUGAUUUGUGUGCGCCGUACCCGGCCUGUGGACCCUGCUGUUAGUUCCCUAGGAUAAAAAAAACCUCCCGUAUCCCGUAGCAAAGCCCCCAAUCAUCAGCGUCAUUAGUGCCAAUAAUGCCAUACCACAACAAAACAAGGACCUGGUCGUCGUGGUCAGUCGUCGUGUAUUGUAGCUGCCACCUCAUGCGUAGUUUCGAGCACCCAUACCAACCAAAUCAGCAUCUUGCGAAACAAGCCUUUGCUGAUUAAAAAUAACAUUGUGCACUAACUUACUAAAAUGGGAACACCUUUCCUAGUUUAUGAACGCAAACUAACUACUAUCCAAUAAAGUUGUAUGUAAUGGACUCUCAAA